CAUGCGGUCAAUCCAUGACUUCAUAAACAAUCACCAUCACAUCAACGAUCAAACGCACAACAUAAACACAGAUUGUCAACCCUCAACUUAAACUCGCAACAUUUGUCGUGAUAGCUCAACAAUAGGAAGGAAAGUUGACACUCAUCAAUUCAAUCAGUGGUACUCUUCUUUCUGUCCAUCUUUGUGAAAUCAUGCUCUUGAUGUUCGUUCAAUCAUCGCGAAAGAAGGAUCUGUGAGGAGCAAGAAAAGCAUAACUGAAUCCACAGUCAGAAAAAACGUCAUUAGAUUAUGUCUACCUGUCUUUCGAGUGGCCCUUGCGUUUCAUAAACCUGCAAUAAAAUCGUGCUGAGCAAGAGGACGGAAAGAAGAUGGCUUCAACAUCGGCACGACCCGCAACGGCAGCCACCUUCCAGCCGGUGGAUAAUGACUAUCUUAAAUCAUCUAUAAGUCGUCUCACCAUCCCACAAAUCAAACCUCUAUUGAGAGAGGUUUCAGCAAUUGCAGGAGUGGCACUACCGGCAGUCAAUGUUCGAAAAAAUGUUCUAGUUGAUUCUUUGAACAUCAUGAUGCUUCACUUACUGACUGAAAACAGGCAACAUCAAUACAUGGCUGCCCUAAGAGCAAUUGAGGCCGCAUUGGGCGGCUCUUUGACCUUUGGACCCACUACUUCACACAACAGGCCAUCAUAUCAACCAUAUCAUCCUCUGCCACCUAGGCCUCAGCCUCAGCCAGCCAGGCCGCCGCCACAGCAACAUUACAACACGAUCGGGCAGAAUCCGAACGCAAACUAUUAUUCGGAUUAUCAUAAUGCUGUUCAACAACAAAGAGCAGCUCAAGUAGCACCAAAAGCUGGUACUUUCAAGGAAAGCCCCUUCUACACGCUGAAAGAAUGGAUUCAUCCAUCAGUCAUGUGUGCACAAGUGCCCGAGCACGCAAGACCGGCGGGAUCAGCAAAGAUUUCGUUCAACUUGACCGGAGCUCAAUGCAAUGAGCUGGCAAAUGCAUCGUCUCGAAAAGAGGCCCGGCUGUUCUGUACAAGUUUUGCCGCUUCUCGAGCAUCUGAAGCAAGGCAUCCAGCUCCAGUUGAGUUUCCAAUCAAUUGUGAAGUUCGAGUGAACAGAGUCCAGCUUUCGGUCAACUUGCGGGGCAGAAAAGGUCCAGCAAAAGUACUGCCACCGAAUCUGAACAAAGACAAAAAGUUGAACCUCCAAACUGGGCGAAACGAGGUGGAGUUAACGUAUGUCCAUACGUAUCAGCCUUACAUUCUUACGAUCGGCAUUUGCGAAACAGUCUCAUCAGAAGAGUUGGUGGAGAAGGUCAAGAAGGAAAGCGUAAAGAGCAAAGAGACUGUGUUGAAAGAGAUGAAGAGGGCGGCAGAUGAUGAUGAUAUUGAAGUCGGAGAUGUGACGGUAAACCUAAAAUGUCCGCUCAGUUACAUGCGUUUGAAGACGCCAUGCAGAUCGAGCGUUUGCACGCAUAUUCAAUGCUUCGAUGCAUUGUCUUUUUAUUCGAUCAAUGAACAGACGCCAUCUUGGCAAUGCCCGAUUUGUAGUCGAACAAUUGAUCCAAAGCAAAUCUUUGUGGACGGAUACGUAUUGGAUAUCCUACAAAGAGUUCCGGACAGCGAAGAAUCGGUGCAGAUUGACAGUGAAGGUCGGUGGAAGACACCAAAUAACAAGUACCGAUCAGAUGAUGUUGCAGCAAAUGGAGCUGCGACUGGGAGUGCCGCCAAUACACCUUCAAAGACUGCUGUCGCUGCAAAAGAGGAAGGAACAGAUUCACCUCUUCCGCCAUUACCACGCGUGAAGGGUGAAGAUGAGGCCAAUCCUCGACUCGAUAUCCGUGCAGGCGCAUCCAAUGAACCUGACACAGCUGAAGGACAGCAGCGGAACAAGAAACGAACUAUAGAUGUUGUCGAUUUGGAUGAUUCACCAAGCCCGCCAGGAGCUGUACCGCAGGAAGAGGCGAGCGAGGCAGCAAAUUCAAGUAAUGGAGUGCAACGGAACGCCCUGAAUGGAGCAUCAAUUCAGGCAGCAGGUGGUAGUAGUACAACGAGCGCUGGAGAUGCGAUCAUGGGACAAAGCGUGGAUUCCAGUUCAACAGAACCUUCUAGGCCUGCUGUGAUCGAUCUGACCUUUUCAGAUUCGGAGGAUGAGGAUCAACCUCUUCGACAACAAAUGCCUAUAGUUCGUCCCAUGCCAGGACGUCCACCAGUGCGACCACCAGCGAUCCCAUCGAAACCAUCAGAUGUGGCAAACAGAACGUUUGCCGCUCAAAAUGGUAUUGCGCCGAUGCCUUUGCCAGGCCCGCCAAGGCUAAGCAAUGGACAGCAGCCUAUUGACAGAUUUUUGAUUCGAAAUCAGGCAGGACCGAGCAACGGUCGUUCAUCACCUUCUUCAUUCAAUGAUGGGAUGAUGAAUGCGCAUCGUAGUUCUUCUUUUACGAAUGGCACAUUUACAUUAAACCCUUUUCCUGACUGGCACAGGAUUUCUCCAACACUUGCGAAUCGCGAAGUAGGUGUUGCGAGGCCACGAUCAGGUUUGCCACAUUCGGCUUCAUUCAGCAACGAACCAACAUUCAGAUCUGGAAUCUUUCAUGCGCCCAGCUCACCGAAUGAACCUUUGAAUCCUUCUCGAAGUCAUACACAGCCUCCUUCAGAUCCAAUCAAUGAGGAAAAUGCACCUGCACCCGCUUCUUCUCAAACGCAAGACGAAAACGAAAGUGUUGAUGAGGCAGUAGCCGGCAACAAUGUGAAUGCUGGAAGAACUCCCCCGCAUACUGCAGCCGAAGAUGAAGAUAGCGAUCCGGUCUCACGACCACGCAAAAGGGCUCGCGUUGUGGCUGAUGCUGAAGAGGAGGAGGAAGAGGAUGAGUUGGAUCUGGAUCCUGAUGCAGGAUUUGCAACGCCGAAUGACCGUGCACCAUCUCAAACUAAUGGCGACCACGGUAGAUCGAACGGCAAUGCAAAUGCCAACGAUGACUCAAACAAUAGUCCGACGGAGAGACUUACCGAUAGACUUUUCGAUCGUAGACCGAAUCAAGCACCAAACCGCCCGACUUCUUCUGGUUCAAAAACGGGUCCGAUCGCAUACAGAAAUACUGCGAACGACAUGGACGACAUGAGUGAUGAUGAUUUCGAAGCCGAUGAGCGGGCUGGGUUCGGAUUCAAUUGAAGUCAAGAUAGAGUACCUAGAAGGGGGCAAGACAGCAGUGGGCGUUCACCUCAUCAUAUUUGAUUCUUUUACCAUCAAUUUGUACUUUUAAACAUAUGUCUAUUAUCGUGUUUCCUUCCUUUCACUCUCACGCAGAAUCGUAUAUUUUACAAAUACAGAAUUGCAAGCCUGAUGGGGUUGAGUAGUAUUACAAAUGUGUUUGCGGCAGGAGAAAGCG